GGGCCGCCUGGUGCGCUCCAGGACCAGUUCUUUCUCGCCCUGACUCCGAUUCCAUCUCCUCAGGGGCGGGCCUUCGUCAGAUCGGCCAUCCCGGCCCCCCCUCACCCUCCACGGGCCCCUUUUUCACCCAGUUCCUCGAUUCCCGCAAUGAGACUGCAGCCUGAGAGCAGAAUAGGCUUGGGCCUGCCCGGGAGACACCGGAGCGGAGUUGCCGGGAGAGGCGAGCGCCUGCUUUCCGUACCCAUCUUACCCCCCACACUUCCAGAGCACUGGCUUUGGAAAAGAUCUAACAAGUCCUCUACCACUUGCCUGUGGGGAAUUUGGGGCACUUAACCUCUUUGAGCUUUAAGUUCCUGAUCUGUAAAACGAGGAUGAUAGUACUUAUUGUGAGCUGAUCUCUGUGAAGCAUUUGGCACAGAUCCUUGCACAUAGUUUAAAUUUUUGAAAUUGAAGUAGGUCUACACAUUAGGAACUCAUGUCUUUUCUUGUAAGUAAACCAGAGCGAAUUAGGCGGUGGGUCUCGGAAAAGUUCAUUGUUGAGGGCUUAAGAGAUUUGGAACUAUUUGGAGAGCAGCCUCCGGGUGACACUCGGAGAAAAACCAAUGAGGCGAGCUCAGAGUCGAUAGCAUCCCUGUCUAAACAGGAGAUCAUGAGUAGCUUCCUGCCGGAAGGAGGGCGCUAUGAGCUACUCUCUGUCAUAGGCAAAGGAUUUGAGGACCUGAUGACAGUGAAUCUAGCAAGGUACAAACCGACAGGAGAGUACGUGACGGUACGAAGGAUUAACCUGGAAGCUUGCUCCAACGAGAUGGUGACGUUCUUGCAGGGGGAGCUUCAUGUCUCUAAACUCUUCAGCCAUCCCAAUAUCCUGCCAUAUCGAGCCACCUUUAUUGCAGACAAUGAGCUGUGGGUUGUCACAUCAUUCAUGGCGUAUGGUUCUGCAAAGGAUCUCAUCUGCACACACUUCAUGGACGGCAUGAAUGAACUGGCGAUUGCUUACAUCCUGCAGGGGGUGCUCAAGGCCCUGGACUACAUCCACCACAUGGGAUAUGUACACAGGAGCGUCAAAGCCAGCCACAUUCUGAUUUCCUCGGAGGGAAAGGUCUACCUGUCUGGUUUACGCAGCAACCUCAGCAUGAUCAGCCAUGGGCAGCGGCAGCGUGUGGUCCACGACUUUCCCAAGUACAGUGUCAAGGUUCUGCCUUGGCUCAGCCCAGAGGUCCUCCAGCAGAAUCUGCAGGGUUACGAUGCCAAGUCUGACAUCUACAGUGUGGGAAUCACAGCCUGUGAGCUGGCCAAUGGCCAUGUCCCCUUUAAGGAUAUGCCUGCCACCCAGAUGCUGCUGGAGAAGCUGAAUGGCACCGUGCCCUGCCUGCUGGACACCAGCACCAUCCCUGCCGAGGAGCUGACCAUGAGCACCUCACGCUCAGCAGCCAACUCUGGCCUGAGUGACAGCCUGGCCACCAGCACCCCCAGGACCUCCAAUGGCGACUCGCCCUCCCACCCCUAUCACCGCACCUUUUCCCCCCACUUCCAUCACUUUGUGGAGCAGUGCCUUCAGCGUAGUCCAGACGUAAGACCAAGUGCCAGUACCCUCCUGAACCACUCUUUCUUCAAGCAGAUCAAGCGGCGCGCCUCAGAGGCCUUGCCUGAGUUACUUCGCCCUGUCACCCCCAUCACCAGUUUUGAGGGCAGUCAGCCUCAGGAUCACAGCGGGAUCUUUGGCCUGGUAACAAACCUGGAAGAGCUGGAGGUGGACGACUGGGAGUUCUGAGCCUCCGAAGAAGGUGCACGUUCUCAGUCCUGGAACAUGUGAGCCUCAGGGGCCCUUUCUGAGGGCCGGCCACACUCCCACCCUCCCGGGUGCAGGUUGGGUAGAAAAGACAUUUCUGCCAGGAGAGUUGGCCGCUUACUCACUGGGAAAGAAAUUCUUGGAGAGAAACCUUGUUUACUGCUCCAGGACUUCUGAGACACCAGGGAAUCCCAGCAACCGGUGAUCAGAGGCCAGAAAUCUGACAUUCCAUCCUGGGAGUUCAGGCAACCUCUUCAGAAGAAAGAGAUGCUGUUCUGGCCCUGGAAGGCUAAAGGCCAAGCCCAGGGUUUGACUCCUUGACCUGGGGACUGUGUGACUUCCUCUUCUCACUGUAGCUGUCCUACCAGCCUAUUGCAUUCUCUCCCUCUGCUCUCAGAUCUUAGAGGUCCGUGGAGGGGUAAGCAAUAAGCCACCUGCCCCCCCCCCUCUCCAGCCCCCAGGCCUCUCCCUGGUAAUUGAAGGGAAGGGCAUUUUUUUUCUUGUUAAGCACCAGGUCAAGGCUGGGGCAGUCCAUCCUCACCCCUUUCAUCACUUGUGCCCCAACACCUAAAGCCUUCCCAUAGUUCAUCUGUGCAGCUCAUCCCUUUCACACCAUCUUACUGCCUCCUGCCAGCCUCCUUGAGGCUUUCUCCAAGGCCACAGUGUCUUGCCUAGCCUGAGGACUUAAGUCCUUAUGCCACGUUAGUUUCAUUGCCAAAACAAAUUAAACAUUUCAGAGAACCCA